GGUACCCUUCACAUUUAGGUGCGGCUGAGGAACAGGUGCGUCGACAAUCACUGAGAGACUUCUUCAAUUGAAACAUUAUCGUUUUUUGAGAACUUUAUUUGGAAUCUGCCAACAGAAACACGCAGCUCAUAAACGAAUAACAACUUUCUCAGUAACAGCGAGUUCAGAUAAACCCCGUGUUUUUUUGAGGAGUGGGGAUUUUGUACCUUCACAGCAGGUGGACGUCGUCUAUUGUUGAUCCGUCUUUAAAGGAAGAAGAAAUGGCCAACUCGGGUCUGCAGAUUUUGGGGUUCGCCCUGGCCCUGCUGGGUGUCAUUGGAUUGAUAAUUGGCACAAUUUUGCCGCAAUGGAAGAUGUCUGCUUAUGUCGGGGACAACAUCAUCACAGCUAUAGCCAUGUAUGAAGGACUGUGGAUGUCCUGUGCCUUCCAGAGCACGGGCCAGAUCCAGUGCAAAGUGUACGACUCAAUCCUGCAGCUCAACAGUGCCCUCCAAGCAACCCGUGCUCUCAUGAUCAUUAGUAUCAUCGUAGUGAUAGCUGGCCUGGGUGUAGCCUGCAUGGGAAUGAAGUGCACCAACUGUGGAGGAGAGGACAAAAGCCGCAAGUCCAAGAUUGCCAUGACUGGUGGAAUUAUCAUCCUGAUUGGAUCUCUGUGUGCAAUCGUUGCCUGCUCUUGGUAUGCGCAUGACAUCAUCCAAGCCUUCUACAACCCUUUCACCCCAGUCAAUACCAAGUACGAGUUUGGUGCAGCCAUCUUCAUCGCCUGGGCUGGAGCUUUCCUGGCUGUAGUUGGAGGAGGCAUGCUGGCAGCAUCGUGCCCAAGAGAAAAGUCUACACCCAAGUACCCCAUCUCCAGACCCCCCAGCAGCAGCAAGGAGUACGUUUGAACAAGACAGGACUCACUUUGAAGGAACACUUUGACAAUCAUACCUUUAGUCCAACUCUGAAUGAAAAGAUGUAUCCCAGGAGGUGAUCAGUACAGUUUCUGUUUUUAUUUUGUAUCUUAGUUACUUCAGGGCUACCCUGUGAUGUUACUGUAAUAUUAUUUGAACACAUUCAAGCUUUUAAUAAUGGCGGUUUACCUCCUUUAAAAGCCUAUUGGCCUGUUGGUAAACCUCUUAGUUGACACCUGUAAAGCACUAAGUUAAGGGAAAAUACCUACAAGAUUAUUCUACUUGAUACAAUGUAAAGUGCAUUAGGAGUGUACAGUGUGGUUUGGACAUUGGGUUUAACGCACUGGGUAGAAAUCAGAUUUGCCCUUGCACAGCUGGUUUACCAUUCAAUACUAUGUGGGCAUGUAGUAUUUUUGGAAACCACAGAAGAAGUUUGCGACCAUCAUUUCCACACAAUUGUGCCUUAUUUAUAUGAAUGUUACAAAUCAUGCAGUACCACUGUGGACAAUGCUUUAAUCAAGUACCAAAGUGAAACCAUCCAUGAAUUGAUCACAGUGAGUUGUUUUUUUUUUAACAUGGGAUUGCCAAUAUUUUUUUAAAGGUACAAUACAGCAUGCCAGAUGAGUUUCUGUAAUAAUGUGUGAAUGUGCUUGGCUUAUUGAUCCUGUUUUUUCUAAAGUAAAAAUAGAUGUUGCCACUCUCAUCAAAUUCUCAGUUUUUUAAAAAACUUUUUAAUUGUUGUGUGUCAAUGUUUGUGUUGUGUAUAUAAAAUAAAAAGUGGAAAAUUAAAA